CAGUUGGUCAUAUUUUGUGCGUGUUUUUCAUUUGCAAAAUUAAACUGGGUUAUUUCGAUUUAUUUAUAGAGGUGUAAGUCGGUUAAAGUCGAUUCGUAUAUUCUCUGCCACUAACGAUACUUUUGCGCAAAAUGAGUAAAACAAACAGUCGUACUGAGGACUUAGACGACAUUAGCAUGACAGCCCAAGAAUUGCAUAUUUUGUCGGAAUUAGACAGCCGGCAAUAUGGAUUUUUACUAUUGAAUCAACCCGAAAAUGCGAAAAAGAAGGCAUUGGUGCAAAAGGCUGUCAAAUAUCUGCAGUUGAUGGUUGUCCAGGCUAAAAGACAACAAAAGGCUCAAAACGAGAAUGAGCCCCACAACUGUCAAACUAAAAAAAUCAGUAUAGACCCUAAAACUUGGGUCAAGUUAGGACACUUCCAUUUGUUACUGGAAGAUUACAGAAAAGCCCUUUCUGCUUAUCAGAUGUUUUAUAAAACUCAAGCAGAAAACCACUGGCAAGACACCACAUUCUUAUAUGGACUGGGUCUAGUUUAUUUUCACUUCAAUGCCUUCCAUUGGGCCGUGAAAGCUUUCCAACAGUUACUGUAUGUGUCACCAGGAUUUCAAAGAGCAAAUGAAGUCAAUCUCAGGUUGGGAUUGAUGUUUAAAGUUACUCAAGAAUAUGAAUCGGCACAUAAACAUCUACAACUAGCUCUAGUAGAUAACAGUCCCUGCACUACACCGAAAAAUAUAAUUAAAUUUCACAUUGCCCACUUAUUUGAAGUACAAGGAAGAGUAAAAAUUGCGAAAGAUAGAUACGAGGCCCUCCUGAAAGACAAAACGAUAAGCCAGCCCUUGAAAGCAGAAAUUUUUCGACAGUUAGGUUGGUUGUACCACUGCCAGGAAUCGCUAGGUGAAAAAAACCAAAGAAUACCCCUAGCCAUACACUGUUUGCAAAGAGCAAACGAAGCCGACCAGUUUUCUGGCCAAACACUGUAUCUAUUAGGACGCUGUUAUGCAAGUAUUGGAAAAGUGCAUGACGCAUUCAUCGCAUAUCGAAACUCUGUGGAAAAAUCUGAGGGAAACGCCGACACCUGGUGCAGUAUAGGUGUUCUCUAUCAACAACAAAACCAGCCUAUGGAUGCUCUGCAAGCGUAUAUAUGUGCCGUUCAACUUGAUAAAUGCCAUUCUGCUGCUUGGGCAAAUUUGGGCAUAUUAUAUGAGAAUUCUUUGCAAGCUAGAGACGCUUAUGCCUGUUAUUUAAACUCCAGCCGUGGUUUGUCGAAUAGAGGUUCAACGGAGGAAGCUACGAAUUCGAUUAAGUUACCAAAAAUUUGCUUACAAAAAGUGGGAAUGAACCCACAUUUAACACAACGUAUUAAUUUUUUGCAAACUCACCUUGCAAACGCUCCAAUGCCUAGCGUCACAUCACAGAGAAGGCAGUUGCUUUCCAUUGAAGAGGCUUGGAAUCUGCCCAUAUCGGCAGAGAUGUCCUCAAGACAGCAGCAAAAUUCAUCACAAUCUACACGAAAUGGUUCCUCACAAGGCUUCCAAAAAAAUUACAGCGGUUCCACACCUCAAGGUCCUCCACCACCUUACCCAUCUCCGAGUGGAGGAGUCGGAGUUGCAAGCAAACGCUUCAAAACUGAACCCGAUCAAAAACCAGCACCUCAACCUGCAUACAAUCUCACUCCGCAGCAGUUACAACUGUUGAACCACUUGCAACAAAAUGUAAACACAUUGACACCUGCCCAACAAAAUCUUAUGCAACAACUACAACAUCAGUACCGGUUAAUGCAGCAGAAUCAGCAGUUACGCAAUAAUCAGAGGCCUGCACUCAAUACACCUGUUAGUAGAUCAGCACCUACACCACCUGCUUACAAUAAUAAUACUUCGUUUGGACAGAACGGUUCGCCACAUAGCACUGCCAAAGGUUACUCACCAACGAUAAGCGAUAAACUCGUUCAACCCAAUCCUAUUGUUGGACCCAGGGACUUCAUAUCCUCUUCUGGACAUCACGCGCCAGACUUGGAUGAGAAUCUAGAAGAGGACCUUAAAGAUUUGCUUUCACAAAAAGAUCUUGCUACCACAUUGGCUGAAAAUUUGUUGAAACAUUUCGGAUCUGAUGAUAUUGAUGUUAAAGAGGAAGCCGAUUCUACUAAUGCUAAUGAUAAUAAUACUACCACAAACACAUUAUCAUCAGGACCAUUCUCUCCUUCUAACAUCGACGCAAAAUCAGAAAUGCCUCCGGAACCAAAAAGGAAAAUCAAAUCCCCCAUCCAAGAUAGCAUACUAACAGUAAAAGCUGAACCACCAUGGGACCUGGAUUCUCUUCACUCAAUCGAAAAAAGAUCCAAUAUCGAAUACACCAUCGACAUGGAUGCUCAAACUGUUAUUAAAUUGUGCAAGAGUGAAGUUGUUAAUGGCGACAUUAACGGAUCAAUCAUAUCAGAUACCGCUCCGCCUCCCACGCCCCCGGAUCCCCCUUUAGUCAAACUGAGUUCUCAACAGCUUUUACCCCCAACCCCUUCAGUGUACCUGGAUAAUAAAAAGCACGCUUUCAGUCCCCAAUUGCAAGAAUUUUGCCUCAAGCACCCCAUCGCAGUGGUACGGGGUUUGGCCUCGGCUUUAAAACUUGACCUCGGCUUAUUCUCAACGAAAACGUUAGUAGAGGCGAACCCCGAUCAUAGCGUGGAGGUGAGAACGCAAAUACAACAACCUUCCGAUGAAAACUGGGACCCCCAAACGGGGAAGAAGGUCUGGGCGUGUAUAUCUCAUAGAUCUCACACCACCAUCGCCAGAUAUGCUCAAUACCAAGCUUCUAGUUUCAAGGAAAGUCUAAGGGAGGAGCGAGAGAAAGCAGCUAGUGGUUUGUCCGAUUCCGAUUCGAAGGAUUCAACGCAUUGUGGCGGAAAAAGGAGAAAAAUUAACAUGAACAUUCCUCCGUCUUCUAACACAAAGAGUUGUAAAGAACAGAAAACCCUAAAGUUCGGAACUAAUGUUGACCUAUCAGAUGAACGUAAAUGGAGGCCACAGUUGCAGGAAUUGAUGAAGUUACCAGCUUUUGCCAGAGUCGUGUCAGCGGCCAAUAUGCUGUCACACGUUGGACAUGUGAUCUUAGGAAUGAAUACUGUACAGCUUUAUAUGAAAGUCCCUGGAAGUCGGACACCGGGCCACCAGGAGAACAACAAUUUCUGUUCAAUAAACAUCAACAUUGGACCAGGCGAUUGUGAAUGGUUUGCAGUUCCCGAUGCUUACUGGGGUGCCAUCUGCGCUCUCUGCGAGAAGAACCAAAUUAAUUACCUCCACGGCUCAUGGUGGCCAGUCUUGGAGGACCUCUACAAUGCGAACAUACCCGUGUAUCGUUUCUUGCAGAGGCCUGGUGAUCUCGUAUGGGUCAAUGCGGGUUGCGUCCACUGGGUGCAAGCCGUAGGAUGGUGCAAUAAUAUAGCCUGGAAUGUUGGACCCCUCACAGCAAGGCAAUACCAACUCGCCAUUGAACGAUACGAGUGGAAUAAAUUGCAAAGCUUUAAGUCUAUCGUUCCGAUGCUCCACUUGUCUUGGAAUCUGGCGAGGAAUAUCAAGGUUUCCGACAAGAAGUUGUUUGAAUUGAUAAAAAAUUGUUUGCUACGGACCCUGACAAAAUGUUGUAGGAUACUGGAAUUCGUGAAAAACAGGGGUGUAGAAGUUAAAUUCCAUGGGAGGGGCAAAAAUGAGGCCUCACAUUACUGUGGACAGUGUGAAAUUGAAGUCUUCAAUAUUUUAUUCAUAAGAGAACAAGAAAAGAGACACGUGGUACACUGCAUGGAUUGUGCGCGUAAACAGUCUCCGAACCUCGAAGGCUUCGUUUGCCUAGAGGAGUAUAAAAUGCAGGAGUUAUGCGAAGUUUACAACAACUUUGUGUUACACUCUAAUAUAAAUUCCGCUCCAGAACAAUAUCGACCUGUAUAGUUAAUUAUAUGAUUCAAUGGCUAUUAAAGUCAGCUACCACUGCCACUCGUAACGGAUGUACAACUUUAAUAUUAACACUGCUUGUUAUAUAGCUUCUCAUGUAAAAAAAAACCAAGCGUGAUAAUUUAUAAUAAAGGUUUUAUUUUAAUUGUGUACAUAUUACUGUCGAUAUGUUUUCCUCGUAAGUUGGAUAGGCUAUAUUUUUAGCACAGGUGUCACCUGAAAAUUGCUGUGAUUUUUUUUAUAAAGAAGACAGAUAUACUUUGUAUAGUGCUUUCCGAGAUUAAUUUGAAAAUAUAGAUAGUUGUAUAGACAUAUCGCCAUUUUUUAUGGAAAAUUCCACACCGUUUACUCUUUACACCUGUGCUAUGAUGUUACACCCAGAAACAGUGAUCUCAUAAAUAAUUUAGUUGAUUGUACAUACAUUACUAAAAGUAAUAAAUAUGUUUAUACAAUAUAUUUAUUUUAGUAGGGAAAGUAAAUGUAGCUAUGUAGCAGUUUGAAAGUUAUAUAAGUAAUUUGAAUGUAGCUUCGUAGAUCAUUCGUCAUUCAAUUGUUAUUAGCUGUUAUACAUACUACUUACUCACUGCCAAGAAAUCAUUUAUUGUUCAUUAUUUUUCUAUCUUAUUUAUUUACUUAUUUAUAUUGAUCAUUGUAGAAAUGAAAUUAUUGAUUUCUGUGAAGAAUACAGGGUAAAUUUCAUUCUGUUUCAAAUAUAUUAUGAUUUAUCAAAAUUAAGUUGUAAAGUAUUAAUUUACAUAGGGAACAUUGUUUUUGUUUCCUGUACCAUCGUUUAAAAUAUUUUAAUAACUUUAACAACACUUACCGAUGUUAAUUUUAUACAAUUUUAAAAUUUGUGAAAUUCUUUAUCCCAAAUUUUGGGUUAAAUAUUGGAUUUGUAUAACUUUUCAAAUUGUAUUUUAUUUUAAUGAUCUCUAAUAUUACGUUUUUAUUAAUUUUUCUAAUUGUAGACUCCAGUAAAGUGAAUACCGUCAUGGUCAUGGUUUUAAAAUGGUUUCAUUUCUGCAAACGAAAUAAAUUUUAUUUUAAGAUUUUUUUGGGUAAAAUAUAGGCAGAACGAUCAAAUUGUAUUAUUAAAACUGCCAUUUUGUGAUAAAAUACUGCCCAAAUAACCAAAAUUAUGUUCAUAGACCGCACCUGGAUUAAUCAGUGCCUUUUCCUAUUUAAUCUGUCUAAAACUAUAUUAUGAAGAAAGGUAAUAUUUUUUGCAUUCGUGACCAAAAUUGACAUAGUCUACAUUAUGUAAAUAUAAUAAGUAUUAGUAGUUAAAUUUACAGGAAGUCUAGCUCAAUUUUUCUAUCUAAUGUAAUAUACUUAUCUUUCAUUAUUCAAUUACUGUUUUUUAUAUAUAUUCAAGAAAAGUCUGAUUUGAAAUUGUGUAUUC